GCCACGGAUAUACGGCCGGUGCUCACUAGUUUGGCGUUCCCGCGAAACUAAUUCAUAAGCGCCAGUUCGCGGUUUAAAAGCAUUAUUUUGUGGACAGAUACGGCUAUCGGCAGACUAGAACAACAGAUUCAAGUGAGGAGUGUACGGUACAUUCGAGAGUAAUAUAAUUUUCGUGGUUUUUGUAUGAAAGCUGAAGAAUAAUCGAGCGGGAAAUACAGAUGCGCAGUACGCGUGGGUGCUGCAACUCGUCGGAUUUUUGCAUCGUUUGCACACAAUAUUUCAUGUUUUUCUACGAAUGUAUCGUGUUGUAGUGGUAAAAUGCGUUUCUCCUGGAUAAUGCAUAGUGUUUUACAUGAAUUUUUGUGAUAUUUUACUACAGAAAAACCGUGCGAUACGCGGGCGUGUGUCACAGGACGCCAACGCUUCAUGGUGUUUUUGCAGUUGUUAAAUUCGGUGUAUGUACACAAAUGUGCCAGUGUUUUUCUAUUGGAAUUAAACGAUUGGACCUUGAGGAGACUAUUCUACCGAAAUUUGGAAUUUUUUUUACUAUUUGAGGUUAUGGUACAAGUAUAGAGGGCGUGACAGUGGCAGAUUGCAAGCAGGGGUUGGUCAUCGUUUCGCGCGCUGGUCUCCCGCGCUUCGACUUCCACGUCCCUUAUUUUUCUCAAGAUUUACCGUUCUGUGAUAUUCUGAGGCUGAAAAUAACAUCGAAAAAGAUUCCGAGAAAUUUUCGCGCUGCAUAAUCAAUCGGUAAUAAGAAGUUAUAAUAUAAAAUAUUGAAUCAAACGUAGCCAAGUAUACGUGCAUUAUGGCGAUCGAGUACGUGUAAGCUUCGCGCGCUCCUUUACUUUUCGCCCUUUUCUUUGGGAAAAUCCACGAACAUACGUUGUGAAAACCGAACGGGCAUUACAUCGAGAUAUCAGUCAGUUAGUGUCUGAAUUAAAAAACCCCAUUCCCGUUGGAAAUAUUUCUUGAACACGUCGACAAUUCUGCGACAAGAUGCCACAGACGAGUUUACAGGAAAAAAAAUCACAAACUUAUUUACAAGGUGGCAAAGUAGCAACACAAUCUUUAAAACGUAAAAGACGUACAACAGAGAUCUCUGAAGAUUCAGAAAAUGUGUAUCCUCCCAGUAAAAUACCAGCAUUGUCGAAUGUAUCAUAUACAGAAUCUUGUCAUUCAGUACAUUCAUUAGAAAAUACGUAUACACCUCAUCAAGUAUCUCCAUUAAAAGAGCAACAAGAAGCAGCCACAUGGUCUGAGCUACGAAAUGCAACAUGCUUUUUAACGCCAUCGUCAUCUAAUAAUGUGACAAAUAGACCUAGUCCUUUGCCUUCGUUUCCAUGGGCUGAUGGUUCUCAAGUUUGGUCUCUCAUGUGUUCGGGAGAUCAAAAAACAGUUACACAGAGAAACCCACAGAUGUUCCAAAGGCAUCCAACACUACAGCCACGUAUGAGGGCAAUUCUGUUGGACUGGUUAAUCGAAGUAUGUGAAGUAUAUAAACUACAUAGAGAAACUUAUUACCUUGCAAUGGAUUACCUAGACAGAUAUCUGUCCACUCAUCAAAAUGUACCUAAAAAUCAAUUGCAGUUAAUAGGAAUCACAUGCCUAUUCAUAGCUGCGAAGGUCGAAGAAAUAUAUCCACCCAAAAUAGCAGAGUUUGCAUACGUCACAGAUGGAGCAUGCACAGAAGAAGAAAUCUUAGGAAAAGAAUUGAUAAUACUGAAAGGUCUUGGGUGGAAUUUAUCUCCCAUCACAGCACCUGGUUGGCUGAAUAUUUAUAUGCAAAUUGAAUCUGGCGACUGGUCAAGACCAAGUGCUUUUAUUUACCCUCAAUAUGGAGGCCUACAGUAUUCUCAAGCUGCUCAGUUGUUGGAUCUAGCUACGUUAGAUGAAGGAAGCUUGAAGUUCCCAUAUAGUCAUAUAGCAGCAGCAGCCAUCUAUCACACUCAAGGAAGGGAAUGUGCCUUGAGGGUAUCACGCAUUUCAUGGGAGCAGCUUGCACCCUGUGCCAAAUGGCUUAAUCCAUUUGCAGUAACAGCAGCAGAGGAAGGUUCUCAGCUUCUUUUAAGGUCUGCAGUACCACCUCCAGAGUCUCAUUCUGGAUCUGGUCUCAGGGCAACAGUGCCCAAUAUAGUUAUGGAUGAAUCGCAUCGUAUCCAGACACAUGUGGUUGAUUUAAAUAUGCUGGAAAGGGCGCAACAGCGGUUAGCUGAUGAUGUCCCUUGUACAGACACAAAUGAAUCUGAUUCCAACACAGAAUCUGGGAGACAAAGCCCAAAUGAAAGUGGCCUUUUAACUCCUCCAUCUAGUAGUCAGAAAAAUUCUACAACACCCUCGCGUCCUCUACCACAGUUACAUCCGUAUACAUAAUUAAAUAUAUGCACACUUCGUAGUCGAAGAUGAAGUGUAUCGUUUACUAAUUGUUGGUGAAUAAUUUUAACUAGGCACUGUAGUGUAUAUGUCUACUAGGAGAUAUCAUUUCAUUGCUUUGAAUAAUACAGCCAAUGUGUAAACGUGCAUAGACGUUACUAAAAUAUGGGAUUGCAUUAGUGCACGAUGUUGAUGGUAUAUACUGUGUUUAUUGUUGGAAAUAAUACGGUGCUUCCCAUUUCGGUCCAUUGUUUUGUGCAAUGGUACUUCUAUUUGUUAUAGCAAGACUUGCAGUACAAGGUGUUAACCAUUUUCUAUAGUGUUUCAAAAUGGCACAGAGUUAAUUUAAUAUUACUUAUUUUAUUAUAGACGUUUAAAAAAGAAAAAAAAGUGCCUUAUGUGAAGAAACGUAAACUUACAUGGAAGCCUAUGGCUAAUUUCUGUGAUUAUAUCCCCGCAGUGAAACAUAAUGCAUUACAUAGGUAUGAUAGGAUGAAUUAACGGUUAUAAUUAUUGUCAGAAAUUUAGACUAGCACAUGCAGAAGUGUCUUUAAAGCAACCGUUUUAACUAGUAUCAAGAUAAACGAGAUCAUUGUGAAUAGUAUUCUUUUAUAUAAUUCGCUUUAUUUUAACGCAUCGUAUUGUAACAAUGCGUUACCGAGCCGGGUGAAUGUAUUUUUAUGUAUAUGUACAUUGUGAGGUACUAAUAACAAAUAAACAAAAAAAAAAUGAAAAUAAUGACGAGGGUGUGAUGGGAUGAAUGUAUGAGCGAAGAAUAAGACUACUUACUUGUGAAACGAGAGAGACUUCGUGAUCAAUUUACGCUGCCUUGUAUGGAUAACGCGGCAGUUUAGUACACCUUUGUAUAAAAAAAUUUGACAAUAAACAUUUGUAAAUCUUACACUGAAA